AGCUUGCCCUUACCUCUCAUCACCGAGCACAAGAUCUAACCGAACCGACUUGAUAUAUCCCAUCCUUGUUAUACAAUCACAUAGAUUGCCCAGUUUAAUUAGGAGCCAUGGGUCAAACACCGUCACAGUUCAUGGAGGACAUGCAGAAGCGGUCCAACUUCACAUCCGCUGAGCUGGAAAGAUUGAAGAAACGCUUUAUGAAGCUAGACAGUGAUGGCUCAGGCUCCAUAGAUCGCGAAGAAUUUCUGCAAAUACCACAAAUAGCUACCAACCCAUUAGCCUCAAGGAUGAUCGCAAUCUUUGACGAAGAUGGAGGAGGGACCGUGGAUUUCCAAGAAUUCGUGGGUGGAUUGAGCGCAUUUAGCAGUCGAGGAGGGCGAGAAGAGAAGCUACGAUUCGCUUUCAAAGUUUAUGAUGUGGAUCGAGAUGGUUUCAUCUCCAAUGGAGAGCUGUUUCUGGUAUUGAAAAUGAUGGUUGGGAACAAUCUUAAGGACCAACAGCUGCAGCAGAUAGUUGACAAGACGAUCAUGGAAGGCGAUCUAGAUCGUGACGGAAAACUUAGCUUCGAAGAGUUUGCCCAGAUGGUGUCAAACACGGACAUUGUCAAGCAGAUGACGCUUGAAGACCUUUUCUGACAGCUUCAGCGCCGACGGACAUUCACGCCCCCUCAUACCCCCGCUGUGUCCGUCACGGUCGUCUGUUGCAUAAUUAUCCAUUUCCCAUAUAGUGGCAACUUACAUGUAGUAUCGCCUUUCUUGUACACUAUGUCUUCGGUCUCAGAUCACCCUAACACAAAUCACGAACUCGAAUGACCACCUGAAUAAACUACCUGAAUCAAAUUACAAGCGUGAAUGUAAAACCCGUAAAUCAGGU